AAUAUAAAUUUUUUGUAAAAAAUGUUGGAAUUUUAAUUGGAAAUCACCAAAUAAUUUAAAGACAAUGUGUCUCAACGUAUGUUGUGGUUUCUUGUCACUCUACAUCGGGUGCGUCGCUAUCGGGAUUUCGGGGAUGAUAUUUAGCAUCGUCCUUUUCGCCCUAGCCCUUUUCCACUUGGUCCUCCAGACGAAAAUAAAGCUUGCGCUUGUGAUAUUUGCAAUGGCCACCUCCUUGGUUCACGGACUGAGCAUGGCCCUGUUACUCAUUGGCGUCAUGCUGGAUGUCUGCUGGACCAUAUUUUUAUCCUUCGUGAUUGGAAUAUUCUCCACUGUGCUCUUAAUUGCAUCGCUUGCGGUACUCUUUUUGGAAACUGCGAAUCCAGUCCACCUGGUGUUGGGGGUGAUCUUGGUCUUGGUUCAGAUAUACUUUCUGUGGAUCAUCAUCUCCACUUGGUGGUGUUGUCGAUCGUGUCGCAACGACUGCUAGUUGCAACCCGUCUACAAUGUGUUGCCUUCAAACCUGUCGGCCCCAAGUGGGGACCCAUGGAGAUCCAACAACGAUCAAUGUUGGCUCCCAACAAGUUGGAGCAACGUCUUACGAUACCCAAGUAUUGUUGGCUCCGAAAGUAUCUCCAAGUUCAUCCAAAAUUCAUUCGGUUUGUGUACUUCUUGGGGCUGGCAAUGGAGCAAGCGGCUCCCCCAGCGAGUGAGAGUGUGCGUGCAUUUCGCCCCCGAGUCCCGUGGCGUGUUUAGAGAAAUAAUAAAUGCAUAUAGAUCCACUGUAUAUUCGAUAGAUAUACCCAAGUGUAUGUGAGACGA